CAUGCCUACUUCAGCAAGGGAAAUAUGGCGUGAAAGAUUUGACUCAGAAGAUGGAAACAUGCCCUGAAAACUUUGGAGUAAACAUUAAAGAAGAGAUAGUUGACGCUCCUCCUCCGAUAGUGAUAAAGCCUGAACCUUGUAGUCCUGAACAAUGUUCACGUGUUCACCCCCCUGCUACCUCAACCACUCUCCCUGAGACCCAGACCUCAUCUCGACCUGUUGGCAGGUUCAAUCCUUCUAAAGUAGCCAGGAACUUGAACAAGACUGUCGAUCUAACCAGCUAUCAGUAUGGACUGUACUCGUUCUUUGCAGAGGGGAAUGAUACUAGAGAGUUUGAUGCACCCCACUUUGACCCGCACUAUGGGGAGACAGACAUGAAGGAUCCGGGCCUGCUGGCACGAGCUAAGAGAUAUUUUGAAAGUUUGAGACAAGAGCAGUGUGAGGAUAUGGAUGAGUUCCACAUGAGAGAGCAGAGCACCAGUUCAACGCGAGAACAUCGUCCCAUGUACCAACGCAAGAGAAAGAAAAUGCAAAGUCUUGUGGUUCUUGUGCCGAAGAUCCGGAUAAGUCACAACAUCCAGGAGUUUCUGAGAAAAAGGUAUCCUCCCGACAGUAAUCGAGCUGCCAGAUGGGCCGCCAGAAAAAAGUGUAGAAGUACAAGUCCCGAUGCUACCCUGCAGGAGGAGAAGCUCCAAGAAUUCAUGACUCAGUUUCAGUCUGGUACCUCGCACGGGAAAUCACGACCAUACUCAGUCUCUCAAAGGGUGGCCAGACUCGACUCUUACUCUCGACCUCCGUCUUCGUGUUCUUCGCAGCAAUCCACCUCCAUAUCUCAGGAUUUAACAAGCAAUCCUCGGUGCUUUGAGCAAGAGAUUAAUUAUCCUACUUUUAGUAAUCAAGAUCAAGUCAACAGAAACCCUUAUAUGGCUCCGACGAUCAAACCAGAGCCGAUGGAUUAUGAGGACAUGUCAGUCAAUCCAAACCCCCUUCUGGCCGUGAAACGAGAAAUGAUGGAUUGUGAUCACCACAACGCUCUUAUUAAAUCAGAGCCUGUAGAAUGCUCCGAAUCUGACUGUGUCAGAAAUCACCCUGAACCAAUAUUAAGCACUGAUUCUGAACAAUACUCAUCAGCUCCUUGCUUUCAACAGAGGGGUGCAUUGACGCGUCCAGCUGAGCUAUCCACAUCAAUCCAUCCUCCUUCACAAAAUAGUGAAAAUAUCACACCUAAUAUUCCAAAUACUGAGGAACCAUCGCCCAUCAGCGAAGAAGAAUCCAGAAAGCGGAAAAAGAAGAAACAUAAAAGGCCGUGCAUUCCUUUUUCCAUAAAACAUGAGCCUGUCGAUGAGACAUCAUCUGAAAUCAAUUUGUCUUCUGUAUCGCUUAAUAUACCAUUUAAAGUCAGUAGAUCUGAUGAAAAUACUGAUACAGCGACCGAGGACAUCGUUCAUCCGACAUCCCACAUUGAGGAAGAGGCGAGGAAGCAAAAGACGAAAAAACAUAAAAAGCCAUGCAUUCCAUUUGCGAUUAAAACAGAGCCUGUCGAUGAAACAUAUGCUGAAACCAAUUCGUCUCCAAUUAUUCCUGCCACCGAUUCGCCGAAAGUCAAUAAACCCGAUUUAAAGGAAUCAUCUGACACAGCACCUGAAACUAUUGUCCAGCCAGAAACAUUAAAAAUAAAGCAAGAGCAGUUAGAGCCUGAUCAGAUGCUGAUGGUGGAGAUAUUCAGAAAACGUGUCAAAAAGUUAAAGCAGAUAGAGGUGCAACCUUUAGUGGCAGUGAAAGAGGAACCUGUUGAUUUUGAGGAUAUCUCCGUGAUAAAAGAGGAGCCCGUAGAAGGAACCCUCCUGUACAUCAAACCAAAAACCUCGGUACAACAAACCAACGCUAAGAAGACGCUGAAGUACGUAUACGGCAGGAGAAUGCAAGGUCGGGCCCGGAUGUCUGCAUCUCAUCCCCGAGGGAGAACCUCUCUCGACGUCAUGGAGGAAUCAGAGUUCGAUAGUGCAGCAAAGUUGAACACACCUUUCUCCCCUCCUAAAUCAGCCUGGUCUAAAAUCACACCGACUGUGAACAAGGCUGAUGAGUCAGAUGAAGAGGCGGAGGAAAACCGAGGCCUGACUGCUCAGAUAGACAGACUUAUCGAGGCAGGAAACAUACAGACACUUGAUGAUACUGAGACCAUGUACAAACUGUUUGCCUCCACAAUCAAGGACAUCCCAGACCCUCAAGCUAAUGUGUUCAAUAUCGUGUUGGAAAGGUUCAAGGAAAGCAAAGCUUUUGAAAAAUCCUUGAAAUCAGCUGAAGAAAACAAUAAAAACAAGCCCCAAGCUGAAAGCCCCGAUGAAGAAGCUACCAAAAUGUCUGUCCUACGCACACUGUUUCCAAUGAGUGACCAAGAGAUAUAUAAUCAAGGACUUGCUGUUGUAGGAGAAACAAAACCCCCUGAGGAGUUUGAACUUCCCACCGUUAAAGUGGAAGAAUUAGAACAAGGAGGAAAUGAAGGAGUUUCUAAGGAUGGAGUGUUUUCUUCGGAGUCAGCACUACAACCCGAUAUUGCAGAUACUUUGAUAAAAAGUCCUGGAAUGCAGGCUGAUAAUUCUGAUUUGCUUGUGAACACGGAUAAAAGUUUUGAUAACGUAUCUGAAAAUAACGUAUCUGAAAAUGCGACCCUAAUGAAGAAGGUCGUGGCUAGCAUUGAACCGAGCCAGAGUGUCAGUGUCCCACAGGAUGUCCCUCCUACUUCUGACUUUAGUCGUAUUAGCCCCAUAAGGAUACGGAAUUCUCUGGAACGGUUUAACAUCAAGCCGAACAUUGUGAAGACUAGCACAGCCAACCAUUUCCAAUCUGACCUACCUGCUACUUCCACCUCAGACUUCGAGCACAGACGAGCUCCCUUGUACAUAGAUGCUUUCUCUGAAACACGUCGAGGAAGCGAUGAGAAGAUAAGGGUAGUUGACGAGACCUCAGAAGAUUUUAAGGAGAGUGGUAAAGGGAGUGGAGGUUACAAGUCAGAUGAAAGACGACCCACCUCCGCGUCCCGUCAAAAAGGAGACAUGUCGGUUGCAGAGAGGUUGUUUGAUGAGAUGCUAGCUGAUGAACAAACUGUAUUCCCGACGCAGGAACCCACCUACAUGGAACCCUUUCCACGGAAUGAUUCUUUGUUUGCGAACACCUCGCUGAAUGACUUCAUCAAGGCUCCUCUUAGUUCGAACGAACACCUUGUUAAACCGAAACCAAGUUACGUUAGGAUGAACUACCACGACAGUUCAGAGUCUGUGGACACAUUUAAACCUCCCACCGUCCUCUUCAGUUCCAAACCUGACGACCUCACUCCCAAGGAAAACCCUGAGUGGAACCAGUGGAGACGCCAGCACGAGAGUUUCGAACAAUUUCAGAGCUCCUCCUGGGCUAUUGACGAGCAGUCAAACUCGUGGAGUCCCCAGCAUUCUAUAUACGAUCAGUAUCUGGAGCCUCCCAGCUCCUCUGCUCCUUUUGAAGAUCAACAGAAGGACUCCAGUAGAAUGAACUGUUUUGAGAAUAACCCUCUGUCUCCCUGGAUGGAUGGUAGACGUCUGUCAAUGCAGAGCACCUUCCCGAUAGUAGAGCGUAACGAGUCAGGUCAGGAGAUUGUGAGGAUUCCUGUGGAGCAACGCACGGUCCAGACCCAGUUCCCUAACCACAGCAAACACUGUUCUGCUAUAGAGGUCUCAACUCCCGUCCUAGUCUUCAUCGUGCAGAGACAAGACAACGUGGUGGAUAUAGCCAUCCAAACGGACAUGUUCCCGCCCUACAGUCCCUUCCUCGACUACACAAACUCCCCACUCAGUUCAGUGCUGGUAGAACCACUCUUGAGCGCUAGAAAAGUAUCCAGACCAUCCCCUCGCACUCUCAGCAACGAGGAUAACACUCGGGUAGCGCCCACUAUCGAGCAGAGGACAUGUCAGACUCAGUACCCGGCUAACAACUCCCUAUACUCCCCCUUUGAGCCGUCCGUCCCUUUCCAGGGAUAUCAGAUCGUCAACAAGAAACCCACAGACUCCUUCUCCCAGACAGAGGGAGCUCCUCUCUUUCCGCCCUGGGUGGCUCCUGGCCGCUUCAGACGUCACCGUCCUGUCCUUGUGGAACCGCUCCCCAACAUCGAGCCCAUCGGGGAAAACGUCAGAACCAUGCGGUCCUCUGAUGCGUACAGCAUUUUAAUGGAGCAGAUUAGGACCAGCAAUGAUCCUAGUUUUGAUAAGUUUAUGAACUCACAGCAGCAACCCAAUGGAGUGGUUUCCAGGUUCAACAAGUAUGCGUGUUAUGCACCACAGGGAAACUCUCCUGAACUUCCUCUCACGGUCAAGAAGAACUAUCCGAAGAAGAAUGGGAAUGUAUGCAAAGGAAAACGGCCUGGUAUCGAGUACAAAGAGGUUUCUCCUCAGCAAGUCCCUUCAGAACACUCAAACAGAGGUCUGACGCCUUAUCAGAUAUCAGUAAAGAUAAGGAGAAUGGGUCAAGUUGAAAACAUUAUCGGAAGACUCUCAACACCUAAAAAACGCAAAUCACUCUCUCCAAAGAGGUGAUGAGGAUACAAAUCUUUGGGAUCGACCCUCAACAAUUCCUCAUUUCAAGUCUAGAGAUAUAAAUCAGACACAACUCUCCAAGUUAUGGUUCUAAUAAAAAGCUUAUCGGAUCUGUCGUGUCACGUGACUGUAACGUAAUAAAGACCGUUUAAUAUUUAGUCACGUGACACAGUGAAAACCAUCACAUCAUGGAGUUCAAUAAAAAACUGCAGAGAGUUGCCCAAUUCUCAAAUAACUAAAAUUUCAUCGUUAAGAAAUACUCAUUUUACGAUCAGUAAUAAUGUCAUGAACAUUGAGAUUCAGUUUCUACGGUAUCGUAAAAUUGUUAAGAAACGUACUUUUUAAUCCACGAAUAAGCCCUUGAUGUGCAACAUGGGCGUGGACUGUAGAACAUGCUACGUUAGCUAUGUAGACACUUUGAAAUUUAAGUUUUAUGAGUUGAAAGAUUUGUUAUCUGCUUGUUAUUUGUGAAUAUUAAUUAAUUGCGAUCAAUCUUUUAAAAUCGCACACAAAAGACGAUUUGGCCGGACCUUCAGAUCUGGAUGUUGGUGGUGAGGUAACCCAACUAGUUCUCAGCAUUGUCCAAUCAGGACCCAGAUUCACUGUCACGUACCAAAGUAAAUAUGGUUCACUUCCCCACCGGUAUCUAGAACUAUUAUAUAUAUUUUUAAGAGCGUUGAAUGAGUCAUUUUUCAAAAUUAUUGCCUGAUUACUAUUUGAUAUUCAAAGCUAUCACUUUUAAAUUUUAGAUUUUCUUUAAGUUUGAAGCUGCUCUUGAAUUUUAAUCCCAAGUUCAUCUGUUUGUUUGCUAAUCCAAUUAAAGCAUUCCAUUUCAAUUAUGGUAUUUUGUCUAAUCUAAGAAUUCGAUAUAUAAGAUGAACGAAUUUGUUCAUUUUUGUGGCAUCACAAUUUAGAUCGGACACCAAACCAUGAAAGUAGCUAUGUACUUGGAACCAUUUUCUACAAGAACCCCAAAAAGCUGAUGAUCUCAAUUAUGGUUUCAAUUUCUCAGAAUAAAAAUUAAAUGUUUAAAUUAUUCUUGAGGCGGCUUUUAAUUUUAUGGGAGCCAAUAAUGAUCAACAAGAGGAACAAACGUUUUAGUUAAAUCUUAGAUAAAUGUGUUUAUUAUGUUCUGGUGUAUUUCUUAUAGUUGAUAUUAUCUCAUUCAGA